AUGGGGAAGCUCAUCCGUCUCGAGCUCUACAACUUCAAGUCCUACAAGGGCCACCAUAUCCUCCUCCUUGGAGAUUCCUACUUCACCUCAAUUAUCGGCCCCAAUGGCUCUGGGAAAUCGAAUUCAAUGGAUGCGAUUUCUUUUGUUCUCGGCAUUAAAUCGUCUCAUUUACGCUCAGCUCACCUUCGCGACCUUGUUUUUCGAGGUCGAGUACUGAGAACUUCGAAAAUCAAUGGGGACGGCUCAGCAACAACCAACGGUGUCAACGGUCACACGAACGGCGAUGCAGGCUCGGAUCAGGAAGAGAGCCAAAAUGGCACGCAGGAACGCAAUGACCCCAAGAGCGCUUGGGUAGUGGCCGUCUACGAGGACGAUGCUGGCGACGAGCAAUUCUGGAAGCGUACAAUCACAAAUCAAGGCGUUAGCGAAUAUCGCAUUAACGACCGCGUGGUGUCCGCGCAGCAAUACAAUGAAGCUCUGGAGUUGGAGAACAUUCUAAUCAAAGCUCGAAAUUUCCUGGUUUUCCAAGGUGAUGUGGAAGCUAUCGCAUCUCAGUCACCUCGAGAUCUGACGCGCCUUAUCGAACAAAUUUCCGGCAGUCUCGAGUACAAAGCGGACUACGAGAGAUUGAAGGAAGCUCAGGAAGAAGCUUUGGAGAACCAAAAUUUUACUCUGCAUCGACGGAGAGGCAUCAAUUCCGAGAUAAAGCAGUACACGGACCAGAAGAACGAGGCCGACAAUUACAACAAGAAGGCCGAUGAGAGGGAUCAGGCUAUCGUGACCCACAUACUCUGGAAAUUAUACCAUUUCCAAAGGGUAAUUGAAGAGUCCGGGGCGGAAAUCCAGAAGCACCAGGAAGAGCUCAAGGAGCAGCGACGUGGAAUCGAGAAGUACGAUAGAGUUCUAGAGGAAGCCAAAAAAGAACAGGCUAAAGUCGGCCGGGAUGUCUCUAAAAUUGAGAAGACCAUCAGACAGAAGGAAAAAGACAUCGAAACCAUGGAGAACGGUAUAGUGCCAAUUACUGAGAAAAUCGAUAUAACAAACAAAAAUCUCACGACCAAAAACAGUCGGAUUGCGGAGCUCUCGAAGGAACAUGAUAUCCACUUCAACAACGUAAAACAAUCGACCAAGGACUUGAAGGUUGUCGAAAAAGCACAAGCUCAGUGGGAGGGCGAGUUCACAAAAUUGGCUGAACAAGAGGGUCGUGAAUUGAGCGCAGCAGAUUUGCAGCGCUAUAACAAGUUGAGGGAGGAAGUCAAUAAAAAGACUUCGGCUGACCAAAUCAAAGUGGACAGUCUCAGUCGUCAGCAGAAGGCCGAUGAAGAGACAGUCAUGAGCUUGAAAAGCAAAGUAGACACUGUGGAUUGGCAGGCCCAGAAGCUAGGUGAGGAGUUGGCCGAGAUCGGCGAGCGUAAGGACAGCGUCAACAGCCAGAUCAAACAGACUACGAAGGAGGUCAAUGGCAAGAAGAAGACGUUCAAUGAACACACUUCUGAACGACUUCGUCUUGCGCAAUUAAGGACGGAGAAAGAUGAGAAGCUUCAAGAGGUAUUGACGAAGCUACUGGAGGCAGAAGACGGCAGGAAGCAGAACGAGAAAGACCUCCGCCUAAAGGCUACUAUCGCCGAUAUGAAGCGUAUUUUUCCUGGUGUCAAGGGCCGAGUAAGUGAACUGUGCAAGCCCGUCGAAAAGAGAUACCAAACCGCGGUCAGUACAGUCCUCGGGCGCAAUUUCGAUGCAGUCAUUGUCGAGAACGAGAAAACGGCCAUCGAAUGCAUUCAGUAUCUGCGAGAACAGCGUCGGGGUCAAGCAACGUUCAUACCUCUGGACACUAUCCAGUUCGCUGCCUUGAAUUCCAAUCUCAAAGGUCAAUACCGCGGUUGCCGAACGGCUCUGGACACAAUCGACUAUGAGAGGUCCCUAGAACGUGCGUUUUCCUAUGUCUGCGGUAAUGCUGUCAUUUGUGAUGAUCUCGUCAUAGCCAAGACCAUCUGCUGGGAGAAACGCAAUGAUGUCAAGGCGGUCACUCUUGAUGGUUCAAUCAUACACAAAGGCGGCAAUAUGACUGGUGGUCAGAGUGGCAAGCAGGACUCACGGCGAUGGGAAGACACGGAGGUGGAAAACCUUCGGAAGCUGCAAGAAAAGCUAGUUUCGGAGUUGGCAGCACUUCCAGAAUCGCGUCGCGGCGCUUCCGAAGAAGAAUUGCUCCAAGGGGAGUUGACAGGUCUCGAGCAGAAAUUGACAUAUCUUAAAUUCGAAGCCAAGGCACAUGAUCGAAACCAGACUAGCAAGCAAAAGGAACUAGCUCACGCUCGACAAGAGCUAGGAGCAUCCAAGCCAAAGUACGAGGCGAAGCUUCGAGAACUUGAAGACCUCGAGAGCACACUGAAGGGGUUUCAGGAUGCUGUCAGCGAAGUACAGGACGACGUAUUUGCAGAUUUUUGCCGACGACUUGGGUACAACAACAUACGUACCUAUGAGGCUCAGCAGGGCUCAUUGCAGCAGGAGGGAGCGCAGAAGAAGCUUGAAUUUAGUACACAAAAGAGCCGUCUCGAGAGUCGAAUUAGCUAUGAGCAACAGCAACUGCAGGAGAUCAAAAGUCGUAUCAAAGUUGCGCGAGAUCGUGCUGCACAGGAUGAGACCCUCGUCAAAGAGCUUGAGGUCGAAAAAGAAUCCUCGCAAAAUGAGUUGGAUAGUUUGAUGGUGGAGCUAGACCAACUAACCGAGCAGCAGGAGCAACAGCAGGUCAAGGUCAAUCAGAAGGCCGAAAAGGUUGCAGAACAGCGUCGUGAGGUGCAGAAGAGAAGCAAGACUGUCGAUGGUACCUUAAGAGCCAUAUCAGGUUUGGAAGCUGAUAGACAGCUUAAUGCCUCCAGCAGGUACACUCUUUUAAGGCGCUGCAAGCUCGAGGACAUCAGCAUCCCGCUAGAGGAAGAAUCAAGAGGUCUCGACCAACUACCUCUUGAUGACGUUCUCCAGACUGACACUGGUGCCUUGGACGUGGAUGACGACCCAGAGGCGAGCAGUAUACCUGAAGUUCAAGACUACGGCAUCGAGAUUGAUUUUGACGGCCUUGAUGAGGAUCUAAGGGAGAGUAAUGACGAAAAGCUAGACUCCGAGUUGCAAGGCCGCGUCAAAACCCUAAAUAACGAGCUGGAAAGCAUGGCACCUAACAUGCGUGCAGUCGAACGUUUAGGGGUAGUGCAGGAUCGACUGAAAACUACAGACCGGGAUUUUGAAGAUGCACGAAAGCGUGCCAAAAGAGCGAAAGAUGACUUCCAGGCAGUGAAAGAGCAGCGAUUCGAACUUUUCAGCAAGGCUUUCUCGCAUAUCUCGGAACAAAUUGGGCCGAUCUACAAAGAUCUUACCAGAGAUACCUCUCUACCUAUGGGCGGUCAAGCAUACCUGGACAUGGAAGACGGCGACGAGCCCUAUCUCGACGGGAUCAAAUACCACGCCAUGCCACCCUUAAAGCGAUUCCGCGACAUGGAGCAUCUUUCCGGGGGUGAGAAGACCAUGGCUGCUCUUGCCCUGCUAUUUGCAGUCCACAGCUAUCAGCCGUCUCCAUUCUUCGUGCUCGAUGAAGUCGACGCUGCGCUGGACAAUGCCAACGUCGCGAAGAUUGCGAACUAUAUCAGAGACCAUGCAGGACCCGGAAUGCAAUUCAUUGUGAUUAGCUUGAAGACUGGUCUCUUCCAGGGUAGUGAGGCGCUGGUAGGGAUAUACAGGGACCAAGGAGCAAAUUCGAGCAAGGCGUUGACGUUGGAUUUGCGCAGGUAUCAAUGA